UCCGUUUUGCGCAGUCGCAGUAAUUCACGUGCUGUUCAGGCUGUCUGUCACUUAAAAUCUUCUGUGAUGCAUUGUUCCUAAUGCUUUUCGACAUAUACACAUUGCUAUUGAGUCACGAUUAGUGGUUCCAGGGUAUUACGCUAGUUACAGUUAGUUGUAACUGCUGUCAACGGAAAGACGGAUAGGCUUAUUGUCGUAGUAAUAGCUGCGCGACGAUCCUUAGUGAAAAUGAAAGACCAAGGUUGUAUCGGCUGGUUAUGACUCAUUAUUGGGUUCAUAUUCUGUUAUCAAACUACAUUCAACUCAACGAGUUACCAAUCUAGCAGCAUAUGAGUACUGAAAUCGUAACGCGCGACUUACUAGCUACUAAGAUAAAUUUAAUAAGUGUAACGUCAACAUAAUACCCACAUGCUUUAACGCUUAGAGCACUUUUAAAGUCGCGUUGUUACUCUUUCUGGAUUACGAUACAUUUGUGGCUUUUGCAUUGUUGUCUUUUUAAACAAUUCAACAAUUGACAUCUUGUUUCUCUUCAAUUACCUGUAUAGUUGAUUUGAGUCGUGACGUUUUUAAAAACAAAAAAAGCACAAAGGAAGAUAUUUAACUUAAGAAGGAAGUAAAAGUUAGAAAUAUACAUAACUACUUGAAUAAAAUUAAAUCUUGUGACAGUAUUCAUGAAAGAUUAACUAAUGCCACAUAACUAAUAAAAAAUUAUUUCUAUCAGUAUUAAGGAGUUACACUAAUGAAAUUUUGGUAAUUAAAUUAGUAUAAUAUCAAUUUAAAAAGGAUUGAUACUGUUAUGCAGUUUUCUUUUAAAAAGAGGUAGAUUUGUAAACUUUUGUGGCAUUGAAAUAAGUGCAACAUAAGUAGUCAAUAUGACUGGUUCACUGAGAGAUAUUCCUUGGGGUCUUCAAGUAGUAGAGUGGCUGUCAUCAAAAUGUUGUCAACAACAUCGAAUCAACAAAAUGGCUUGGCACCGUGGGUGUGUUUUGGCCCUUACAUACUUAGCAUAUACUUGCUACCAUAUGUCUCGAAAACCAAUAUCUGUGGUAAAGAAUGUAUUAAGUCUGAAUUGCAGCACAUUAUCUCCACCACCAAAUUUUGUCAUCAAUGCUACUAAUAGGGACACUUGGUGCGAUUGGGCUCCAUUUAAUACCGAUGAUGCUACAGCAUUACUCGGUACUCUGGACUCGGCAUUCCUUUUUGCUUAUGCUGCAGCAAUGUUUCUUAGUGGAUUUGUGGCAGAACGGGUGAAUUUAAGAUAUUUCCUCUCUUUUGGUAUGCUAGUAUCAGGAAUCUCAUGCUAUCUGUUUGGUAUAGCCAGAUCUUUUAACAUCCAUAGUCUGUGGUAUUUUGUUCUCGUACAGGCCUUAGGUGGAGUUUUUCAAACGUCCGGUUGGCCAGGUGUGGUGACCGUUGUAGGAAAUUGGUUUGGAAAAGGGAAACGUGGCCUAAUAUUUGGUGUCUGGAAUUCGCACACAUCCUUAGGGAAUAUUUUAGGAAGCCUCAUUGCAGCUGAAUUCGUGGAGACUGAUUGGGGUCUCAGUUUUAUAGUACCAGGUGCAAUCAUGGGUAUAGUAGGAUUUGUAAUCUUUUUAUUCCUGGUGCCAAAUCCAGUGGAUGUUGGCUGUAGUCCACCACGACCUAUCGGGUAUCGAAGACUCGACACGACGAACAGCUCUGAUGAGGGUAGCUGUGCCGAAGAUGUGGAAGCGUCGCAUACAGGCGGCGAUGACCGAGUCAUCUAUCGCAGUGUUUGUCGUCAACAGGACGUUGAUAUUGAUACUCAAAGCCUGCGUUCAGAAACGAGUCCAAUGUUAUGUGUGAAUAGACAUACACAAAAUGAUUGCGAGGAGACAGCCGUUGGAUUUAUUGGAGCUAUAAGCAUUCCCGGUGUUGUGGAGUAUUCUCUAUCUUUGUUUUUUGCAAAACUAGUGAGCUAUACAUUCCUUUACUGGCUUCCCCUAUAUAUUGUUUCCUCGACAAAGUAUAGUGCAAGUUUAAGCGCUGAUCUCUCAACACUGUUUGAUGUAGGUGGAAUAGCAGGAGCUGUAAUUGCUGGAGUAUUUUCAGACUAUUGCGGUAUGAGUGCGUUAACUUGUGCUGUAAUGCUCUUUCUUGCCGUUCCUAUGUUAUUUAUUUAUGAUUAUAUCGGCACUAUAAAUGUUGGAGUGAAUGUCGUAUUAUUGCUACUAGCUGGACUACUAGUGAACGGACCUUAUGCUCUUAUUACUACUACCGUUUCGGCUGAAUUGGGAACACAUCCUAGUUUGGGAGAUAAUUCGAAAGCCUUGGCUACUGUAACUGCCAUAAUUGAUGGUACUGGUAGUAUAGGUGCUGCGGUUGGACCAUUAUUAGCAGGAAUAGUGUCACGCUGGGCUGGAUGGCACAGUGUAUUUUAUAUGCUUAUGGCUGCUGAUCUAAUGGCACUCUUGUUUCUGUCAAAACUAGUCUGCAAGGAUUUACGAUUAUAUGCACAACGACGGCGGGCCGUUUAAGUGCAAUUAAUACACUAUAGAGGGGCGGUAUAUAUUAUACAAUAGUAUCGAUGUGUCAAAAAUUAGGUUUUGCGUAUAUUAAAAAUACGCGUCCAACAUGAACGUAUUAUUAAAUGUACAAAAAUAUAUUUUUUAUUCAAUUUUAUGUGAUUUCAGUCAACGCAUGUCAUUAAGCAGAGAAAUAAUAUUGUACGGUUACGGUGAAAAUAAAUUUAUGUCCUAAUUAUGCAACUUCAAAA